UUCUAACAGCACAGCAUUAUGACUGAGUGCUACAGCAGCUUCAGGAACUAACCAGGAUCUGCCUGAUGAAUUAGUAGAAAGUUAGGGAAUGUUGCUGUGAAUCCACUUUGGCUUCCUAAUAGGCCUAGCUGGACUCGAGGGAACACCACACUUUGAAGUACAGAUUGGAUUUCACCUGAAACCCACUGAGUUGAGACCAAAACAGUUACCAAGAUAUCACAUUAGAGCUGAUAGGUGUGAAUAACAAAGCUGGGGGAAACAUGAAAACAUUUUAUCUCCAUUUAUUUGAAAAGGAAAAAAAAACACUAGAUAAAUACGUCAUAAAGGCGUAACUUGGUUUAAAUCUUAUUGGCUGGUUAUAGUUUCCCCCCUGAGUGUUUCUCUUUCCUCAUAUCUAGCAGCUAAAUUAGGGUUUCAGUGUUCAAUCACACAGGUGGUGAUCAAAUGAUUUUUUAUUUUUUUUGCCAGAUUUAAAAUAGCAAUCAAAACAGAACUAAAGCAUUUCUCCUAAAUUAAGAAAACAUCUUUAAAAAAAAAUAAAUAAAAAUCAUGAACAUGCUAUAAGAUUUAGCAGUAAAUGAACUACACACUCGUCUACAUGUUAACUAUUGUUAUGUGAUCUACCAUGGAAGCUCUGGUUUGUCACACAAAAGCCUCAAAGCCUCUCCAACGAAAACACGAUGAGUUCUCAGACACACACUAAAGUCAGGAAGUCACCAAAAUGUUAAAAGUAGCAGAAAGGAACUUUGUAAAAAUGAUUGUAUAUGAAAGCUUCGUGCUACUAGUAACAAACGUUAUUUUGUGAUUGAAGAAAGUGCUGUGUGCAUUUUUCACUUUUACCACUAGAUGGCGAUAUUUCGCAAAAGGAACAGGUUUGAUAAAAGGUGCAAAACAUGACCGUUGCUUCCGUCUUUCCUUCUGAUUAUUAUUAUUAUUAUUAUUAUUAUUGUUAUUAUUACUAAAUGAUAUAACAUUAAAUAUAAUACUUUAUAACAAAAUGUGCUUUGAUUCUGAUGUGUUGAAUAUAGUCCUCCUUGGUUACCCAUGUAAACAAAACAAAACAAAAAAAAACACAUGAAGAACCAGUUCUCGCUCCCAUGAACGAGUAGCUGAUUCCUUCCAGAUCUGCUGGUUUUUUUUAAUGCUUUAAGCAGUCUUUAGUAGGUAGUUCAAGGAAAAUGACUGAGUGCAGCGCAGUAGAAGAACUUGACUCCAGCCAGCACUGGGUGGAAAAGCUGUUUCCUCCUCACUUCACUUUCCAAGACUUGCUAGAAGGGAAAGGCUACAGUGCUGAAGAACCACGAAUCGAUUAUACACCUUUAAAUCUGCAAUCUGACAGGACUCAUUCUAAGAAGCAGAUCUAUUUAAGUGUAUUAAGAAGAGUACAGCAGCAGGAAGAGAUGAUCAAGAGGAGGAACCUGGUACAGAGAAUGAGCAGAAAUGACAAGCCAGGGGAUAGAGUCAGUCCUCAAGUUGAUGGACAGGAUAAACAUUUGUGUGAAACACUGAAUACAGACUGCAAUGAGAGAGAGAGGUGCAUCUGGAACCAGAAGGACAUCUCAACAAUCCGGGCAGCCCUGAAUGAAAUAGAAAGAGACAGAUGGAGGCUGAGGGAACAGCUCAAAACUUCUGAGGAACAACUGAGCAACAAGCAAGAGGAGAAGAAUCAGCUGCAGGGGCUGCUGGAGGAACGUGAGGAGCAGCUGAAGGGUUCAAGAAAAGAGGCAGCACGUCAAACCUUGGUGGUGAAGACUCUGAAGAUGGAAAUUCACAAAAUGGGUGUUCAGUUAGAGGAGCUUGCUAAGCAGAGCCAAGAAAAGGCCAUGGAGGCAAAUAGGCUAAGGGCUGAGAUGAGAAAAGCCAAUGCCAGAUAUUGCCAGAUCAGGCAGGAGUGCUCAGAUUUAGCCCAAGAGUUGAAGAGCGUGAAGGAGCAACAGAAGAUUGAGUGUGCGAGGGAAGUGCAGGCCACCAAGAUGGAGCACGAGGCUGCUGUGGUGAGGCUGCAGAUAGAGCUGGAUGAGACUCGGGCCCAACUCAGGGCUGAGAAGGACAAUCAUGCACGAAAUCUCAAGGCUCUGGAGCACCUACGCCACCACUUUGAUAAGCGGUGACUUGGUUCAAGUUCAGUGUUUGCUUAUGUGAUUUUAAUUGUAGCAUCUGAGGAUCAUCAACGAUUAUACAUCUGUAGAUAAUAAAAUUCCACAUUAUUCAAGUAUAAGGGUAUUGAUAAGAAUCCAAGAAGCUCUUUAAUAUAACGUGUCAACAUGUAAAGUGAACACAUCAGAGAUGAGACAAUAAAAAUGCAAUUCUGAACAUGUCAGCUUUGCUGGAAGUUUGAUUUCUGAAAUCAAAUUUGAAGACAUGAUGUUUAACGUAUGAUUAUAAAAUGGGUCAAGUGACCUUUUGACGAGAAGAGAUUUUACUGUUUGUUAUAGUACUAGCAUAAAAAUGACUUCAUUUUUUUUUUUAAAAGUCAUGACAUUUACUGUACCUUUGACUAAUAAAUUAUUUGUGGUGAGACUGCAGACGAAGGUGGAGGAGGCUCGGGCAGAACUCAUGGCUCCAGAGCACCUAUGCCAGCAUUUUAAUAACCAGUGACUCGGUGAAGGACAAGAAAGUCCAGUGUUCAUUUUAAUCCACAUCACUGCAGCAUGUAGUGUUUCCCCUGCUCAAACACUUAGAUUGAACCAGGUCUACGAAAAGCUCGGGAAAGUCUGAACUGUAGAAAAUUUGGUCCUGUGGGACUGGGAGCAAAGAACACUGAGGCAGUCUGUGUAUAUACUCAAUCCAGCAUUGUAGUUGCAUUUCCCCCCCAAAAAAAUUAUUUCUUCUGUACCAGGUCAGCAGUUUUUUUUUUGGCAAACAUGACCUAUGCUGCUCAUGUAUUUUGAGAGAGAAGUGCAAGCUGUAUAUUUACAACUUUACCAGAACACUGGUGGACUCUUGAAACUGACAAAGUUAUUUCUCAAUUACCUUUUUUUAAAAAUGAUUAAUGAGCCACGCACAGUUGU